CGGGAGGCGCUGCUGUCCCGGGAGGACUCGGGGGAGCUGUCGGAGGAACACCGGCGCCUGAUGGCCUGGAACGAGGCGGAGAACGCCCGGCAGCGGGCACGCAGAGAGGAAAGAAUUAGGAAGGAAGAGGAAGAACAGAAGAGGCAGAAGCUCCGGGCUGCGGAGAACAGGGCCAGGAUAAUGGAGGCUUUCCUGAAGGAGAAGGAGAGGGAGGUUCUGCAGCUGCAGGAGGAAGCCAAAACGUUCAUCACCCCCGAGAACCUGGACGCGCGGAUUGAGGAGUGCCUGGACAACCCUCGCAACUACAACUUCGCCAUCGACAAGGACGGGCGGAUCGUCAAACGGACGGUGUUGUCUUAGCGGCCCCUGCCUGGGACGGGGGGCGCGGGCCUGGUUUCCGUCCGGAGGCUCCGCUUACGAGCCGGUUUCUUCAUUUUCAUGUAGAAAACAACGGCAGAAUUGUU